ACACCUUUACACACAUACCCUACCAUUCUAUCUGUUCUAUUCUCUUCUCUGUACACUCUUUGCUUCUCUCUCUCUCUCUCUCUCCCUGUCUCUCUUUCUCUCUUACUCUCUCGCUUGCUCGAUCGCUUUCUUUCUCUAUUCCUUAUGUGCGCCCCCGCGUAAAGUGUUGUUUUGCCGAAGACAACCUCAGAGAAUCGCGUGCGUAUUGCAGUGCUUUGUUUUCGUUGCGAUAACACAGUGUGAUUUAUAUAUUCGUCGUCGAGAGAGAUCCCGAAGGGAAGAAGUGUGUUCUUUUAAAAGAGAAAAAACAGCUUACAUCGAAGAAGAAAAAAGAGGACUACGUCAGCGGCGCCGGCCGGCCUAACCGCCGGGACCAAUACGGUCACACUUGACGAUGCAUUUCAAGAGCGCUUCUUCGCUAUUUCGAUAUAUCGAGGCUCAUUUACAGAUUAGACUCUUCGUUAUUUGGUCCCAGUGCAGCUUUAUUCAAUCAACACUCGGUGUAAUUUAAGCUGGGAUUGACAGAUGUCGACGUUGCGCGCCACAUCGACACUGGGCGAGUUGAGCAGUGCCGGUUCGGAUCGUACACUGGCAACGUCCACGGGCGGCGGCAGCUCGCACACGCACUCGCACAGAAAGCACCAGCACCAUCACAAUAGAAGCCGAAGCGCGCCAAGGCCGUCGGAGAAGCCGCCUCGCAAACGACAUCUCAAUCCAGGACACAGCCUCGCGUCCAUAUCCGACCAGAUCAAGCUAUCCAUGCUCAAUGCCAACAUCAUCUCUAUCGAUCCUCGUAAAGAUGCAGCAGAGGAACUCGGCCUCGACAGAUUCCUGCCAACCGCACCCACGGAGUUAGCCCAGUAUCCCAAACUCUGCGAGCUGCGCAGGAAGUGUCCUGCACUCUAUCGCCUCGAGUUUCAGACGGCGACGAAAGUUGAAACCCAUUCGUGCAGACACGCCUUGAAGCAAGCGAACCGGGAGAAGAAUCAAAACCAAAAAUGUAUUCCGUACGAUUAUAACAGAGUAGUUUUGGAGACGAUAGAUGGACGAACAGACUCGGAUUACGUAAACGCCUCAUAUGUCGAUAGCUUAUUAAAGCCCAAUGCCUACAUCGUAACUCAGGGACCUAUGGAGAGUACAGUUGUCGAAUUCUGGAGGAUGGUGUGGCAGGAAAAAGCCGCCUGUAUAGUCAUGCUUACGAAAACUUUCGAUUUCAUUAAGGUUGAGUGCAUGCAAUACUGGCCACCCAACUUUGAGAAAAUCGAAGUAUACGGCGACAUUCACGUUGCGGUGCUGAAAGAAGAAGAGCUCGCCAACUUUCAUAUACGCGACAUAAAGCUGUACAAAAUGGACGAAAAUAACCAAGUGACGGAAGAGCGAACGAUAAUUCAGUUUCACUAUACAGAAUGGCACUCGCACACGAAUCCUUUCGGCAAUGCUGUUCUGGAAUUCAGAAGACGUGUCCGCGCGGUCGUCGGCUCGACUCUCAAGGACGAAACGGGUCCAAUGGUCGUGCAUUGCAAUGAUGGCGGUGGUCGAUCUGGUGUUUUUCUAGCAAUCGAUGCAAAUAUGGAACUUGCGGAAGAAGAGGAUGCAUUCGAUGUAUACGGAUAUCUCAAAAAACUUCGUCAAAGUAGAAAAGGUUUAAUUGAAAAUGUGGAACAGUACAAAUUUGUGUACGAUACGUUAGAGGAGUUUGUAAUAUGCGGACCAUCAUAUUUCCCGGUGUCAGAGUUGUCUCAGCGUUUGAAGCAAAAAAGUCAGAAGAACUCCGGAACAAAGAUGAACGAAUAUCAACGUGAAUACCAACAGAUUUGCAAGCAGACGCCGCGUUUCACUAUCGGUGACUGCGCAGGUGGUCAUCGUGCAGACAAUCGCGACAAGAACAGGGAUGUUCUGGUUGUGCCACCUGAUAAUUUUCGGCCUUACUUAACGAGUUUCCAAGGCAACACCUUUACUGACUACAUCAAUGCAGUUUUUGUAGACGGUUACACGAAACCGAAAGAAUACAUCGUGACGGAAUGGCCAGUGCAGAAGUGUCUUGGCGAGUUUUGGUCGUUGGUCUAUGAUUACGAGUGUUCAGCCGUGGUGGUACUAUGCGUUCCACCGACUGGCUCUGCCAACUACCCGAGCUUCUGGCCCGACAGCCGACAUACCAAGAAGUACGGUCCUGUGUUUACGAUAGACCACAUCAGCCACAAUCACUAUACAAAUAUCAAAACUUGGGUCUUCCGAAUAAACAAGAAAAUCGUCUCGCUGACAGAACUCAUGGCUGGCGUAAAAGCUCCUCCAAAAACAGUGCAGCUAUUUCAACUGACGUGUUGGCCAAUGGGUCAAAUAGUGCCGACCUCUACCAAUAGCCUUGUGGAAUUAAUGAACAUGGUCGAGCGCUGGCGGCAACGCACUGAUUAUGGUCCCGUGUGCGUCGUCUCGCCGGAUGGCCGUAGCCGUUGUGGUGUUUACUGCGCCGCUAAUGCCUGCAUCGAGCAGGUCAUUCAGCACGGUGAGGUCGACGUCUUUCAGGCUGUGAAGACUGCUCGGCGUCAUCGACCACAGCUUAUUGAAAAUAUGACGGAAUACAAGUACUGUUACGACUUGGUAUUGCACUACGUGUUGCACUAUCUAAACAAGGAUAUGAACGAGAAGAAGUGAGAAAGCGAGUUGCGGGACGAGCUGUGGUUCAUAGAAUUUGGCCGUGGGGCGGCACUGCCCCUGACUCCAGAGGAGGCCCCGGUCGAUGGAGAGCCGGUGGUGCCUUGCGCCCAGGGCCGUGUCGUCGUCGAGACGGUGCGCUCAGCGC